UGGAUGCCAAGAAAGACCAAGAAUUCGUUUUGCUCUUCUUUUGACCGAGAUUUGUUGAAAUCAAAUCUAUUUCCACACCAAAUACUGAUUUGUAUAUCGUAACAGAUUUACGGAUGACAUUGGCACAAAACAACUUUUUAACUUUGGAUACAUCUGGAAUAUUUAUCAUAUUUUAGAGAACAGAUAUAAAAAUCCAUCUCCUCUUAAUCUGGGCUUGAAUUACUGUGAAAUAUUUGCUCUUUCUCCGUCUGAUUAUCUGGUGCUUUUGCAUUCUAAUUAAACUUGGAUAAAUUUAUGCUUUGACAGCAUCUUUAGAUAUCAGUGAAGAUCAGAGUUGAUAGCAGUUGAUAUUUCUAAGGAAUCAAUAAUUAUAAGAAGAACAAGGAGAAAACUAUUUGAUGUGGUGAGAAAAAGAUAAAGAAAAACUUUAAUAUUGUGAGAAACUUCAAUGAUUCGGGCUGUUUUUAUCCCUUAAAGAGAUGUCGAAAGAAUUAGGAAAAUCAUAUCACUGUAAUAUCUGCACGAAAUCAUUCUCUGAAAAACGUAAUCUAACAAUUCACAAAUGCUUUCAUACAAAAAGGAAGCCUUUUGACUGUGAUGUCUGUGGUAAAUCAUUCUCAGAAAAUGCUGACUUGACUAAACACAAGCGUGUUCAUACAGGAGAGAAGCCAUAUCACUGUGAUAUCUGUGGUAAAUCAUUCUCUCAAAUAUCAAACAUGACUUCUCAUAAACGUAUCCAUACAAAAGAGAAGCCAUUUCACUGUGCUACCUGUGGUAAAUCAUUCUCUCAAAUAUCUAAUUUGACUUCUCACAAACGUAUUCAUACAGGUGAGAAGACAUAUCACUGUAAUACCUGCGGCAAAUCAUUCUCUGCUGGUGGUGACUUAACUACUCACAUGCGUAUUCAUACUGGAGAGAAACCAUAUCACUGUGAUGUCUGUGGCAAAGCUUUCACUACAAGUAGUGCUUUAACUUCUCACAGACGUAUUCAUACAGGUGAAAAGCCAUAUCACUGUGAUACCUGUGGUAAAUCAUACCGCAGAAGUGGUGACUUGACGAAACAUACUCGCAUUCAUACAGGUGAGAGGCCAUUUCACUGUGACACCUGUGCUAAAUCAUUCUCUGAAAAUGGUGCCUUAACUAAACAUAAACGUAUUCAUACAGGUGAGAAGCCACAUCACUGUGAUGUCUGUGGUAAAUCAUUCACUCAAAUGUCUAACCUGACUUCUCACAAACGUAUUCAUACAGGUGAGAAGCCAUUCCAUUGUGAUGUCUGUGGUAAAUCAUUCUCUGCAAGUACUGCAUUAACUUCUCACAUACGUAUUCAUACAGGUGAGAAGCCAUAUCGCUGUGGUAUUUGUGAUAAGUCAUUCCCUGUAAGCAGUGCCUUAACAUUUCAUGAGCGUAUUCAUACAGGGGAGAAGCCAUUUCACUGUGAUGUCUGUGGUGAAUUGUUCUCUGCAAGUGGUGCUUUAACUUCUCACAGACGUAUUCAUACAGGUGAGAAGCCAUUUCACUGUGAUACCUGUGGCAAAUCAUUCUCUCAAAAAGGUAACUUAAAAACGCACAUGUCUAUCCAUACAAAAUUAUGAUUGUAUCAUUUUGAAAUUUCUUCACAACACACAACCAACCAUGCCGACGACCGCUCGGUUCAAAGUCUCCCUUGACCACAAGUAGCCUGAUCUCUUUACAUGAACUCCGUGUCCCCCUACAUGGCCUUGGUUUUUGAUUUUUGAGCCAAAAAAUUAACUAACUAAUUAACUAAUCUUUGGAAACAAUUUUUUUUUCCUCUGCUAUGUAAAAAAUCUUUUAUAACCACGGAGUGGC